AUGGAUAAGCUUCACCGAUCCCAAACAAAAUUGACGACGAAUAUAACAAAUUUCUACGACAACUCGACCGUCAAGGUCGCCGUAGAAAAACAAACUCUGUCACAUUUCGAGACGCGACUAGGUAUUCUCGAGAACUAUUGGUCAACUUUCAUUUCUCGACACGAGGACUUGCUUGAGUACGAAGAGCAGCUAGCCAGCGAUAGCUACUUCAAGGAUGAUGGUAAACAAGAGGAAUGGGAGAGCUUCAAGCAGCACUUUUCUUCGCUUGUCGUCUCGAAGGCCACCGUCCCGCCGAUAGCAAAAUUGCAGCACUUGCUCAAUGCUGUACAGGGCGCGGCUGCGCAGCGUCUGAAGGGUAUCGAACUCACAGACGCAAACUUCCAGGUCGCAUGGACAAAGCUUACUCGUCGCUAUGAUAAUCCACGCGUACGUUUGUUUAACGGUAUCGAGAACUUGAUUCAGCUUCCAGCUGUUAAAGCUCGCAAUGAAGCGGAUCUUAACGAAACAAUGGAUCGUGCGGAGAAAUCGGUUCGCGCGCUAAUAGAUCUCGGUUGCCCGAUCGAGCAAACAAAUUAUUUUGUUGUUCAUUGCGUCAUUCGUAAACUCGACUUAACGUCUCGCGAGGCGUGGGAAGUUUUGCAGGAACGGACGGUUGGCUUUCCUUCAUACGCAGAUUUAACCACUUUCCUGGAGCGCCGAAUUCACGCGCUCGAGCAGGCUCACGUCGGCCCGCAGUCGAGCGACGCCGGAAAAGCUAACUUGGCAUCAAAACAAAGCGGCGAUCGUUUUAAACGCGUCGUGGCGAACGCUGUGCAAACUGACGAGUCCGCCAGAACAACAAAGAGCUGCGUAGCUUGCAAAGGCAAUCACUACGUAAAUAGGUGCCGCGAUUUCAAAUCCAUGCCAGUAUCGCAGCGCUGGGAUUUAUGCAAACGCGAGAGACUUUGCGUAAAUUGCCUGAGAGCGUCGUAUUUUGUGGAAAAAUGCCCCUCUCCCAAUCGUUGUGUGACUUGCGAUGCAAAGCAUCACUCGAAGUUGCACUUCGAGAGAAUAGCAAAGCCGCGCAACGAGGAGGUUUCCUCGCGUGCUAGCGCCCCUCGCAAGGACGACAAUCCUUCGGACGAGCCUGCCAGCCCUCCUGUUGCUGCGCACAAUGCAUUAGUUGGUCGCACAAUUCUUCUUGCGACCGCUGAACUAAUCGCGAUUGGCCCCAAUGGCAAGCGGCUGCGCAUUCGCGCUCUUGUUGAUCCUGGGGCCAAGCGCUCCUUCAUUACGCAUUCCGUGAUCUCAGAGCUGGGACUUCUUUGUAGUUCCGUGAAUAUCAAGGUCGUCGGAGUAGGCGGAAGCGCUUCUUCAACAGCGCACCGCAAAGCUGAACUCAAGGUGGCACCCCGAGGUGAAUCCAACUUAACGAUCUCGGUCUCGGCGUUAGUGUUGCCUAAGCUCUCUCAGCCUCUGCCUCACAAGCAUGCGGUUACCUCGGAAUUGCCUCAUAACCGAGGGCUCAAGUUAGCCGAUCCACAGUUCUUCGAGUCUCGACAGAUAGACUGCAUCCUCGGUGCCGACGUCUAUCCGUCGGUCAUUCAAGAUGGAACAAAGCGCGGUCCAGCGGGCGCCCCUUUAGCUCAAAACUCCGCUUUCGGAUGGCUGCUCACGGGACCCCUGGCCAGCGUUGACACAAGCAACACGAUGCACGUUCGCGCGUCUCACAUUCACACUGAUAAUCUACUUGCAGUAGAAUUACAGAAGUUUUGGGAAAUCGAGGAGGCGCCACGCAAAUCCUUGCUCACGAGCGACGAGAGAAAAUGCGAGGAGUCGUUUCAUGAGACUUUUUUUCGCAAUGCCGACGGCCGUUUCGUGGUUAAGCUGCCUUUCCAAAGCACGCCAAAGUUUUUCGCCUCUCGAGAUAUCGCCACUGCUUGCUUCAUUCGCUCCGAGAAGCGCAGACAUCGUGAUAGCGAUCUCGCUGAGUCUUAUGGUAGCUUCAUGCAGGACUACAUAGACCAGCGUCACAUGGAACCCGUGCCAUCUGACGAGAUCAGCAGGCCAUCUUUUUAUUUGCCUCAUCAUGCAGUGAGACGGUCCGAGAAUCCAAGUAAGGUGCGCGUAGUCUUCAACGCGUCGCAAAAGGACUCAAAUGGCGUCUCGCUCAACGACUUGCUGCUGGCAGGUCCCAAGAUUCAAGCGGAUAUCACUCAAGUGCUGACGAUGUGGAGAUUUUUUAAGUUUGUAUUUACAACGGACGUAGUCCAAAUGUUUCGACAAAUCCUUGUACACUUGGAUGACAGGGACUGGCAACGAGUGCUCUGGCGCUCCUCCGCCGUCGAGCCCAUCAUGGACUAUCGGUGCACGACUAUCACCUAUGGGACGGCCUCUGCGCCUUACUUGGCGCUCAAGGUCAUGCAAACUCUCACCACAGACGGCGCCGAGACUCACCCGCACGCCGCUGAGACGCUACGCCGUCGACUCUACGUCGACGACCUAUUUGCUGGAGCGGACACGCUGGACCAGGCGCGCCAGCAGCGCGACGAGACGAUUCAGCUGCUGUCAUCCGCCGGCAUGGCGCUAGGCAAAUGGGCAAGCAACAACUCCUUCAUCCUUGAGGGGCUUGAAGCAAUGGCGGCUAAGGCCAUUAACCUUAAGCAGGACGACGCCGUGUCAACACUGGGCUUGCAGUGGCUGCCCAGCUCGGACUCCUUCAGCUUCAAACAAAAGGGGAUGCUCGUUGGUCAUGAAAUCACCAAGCGCGUCGUGCUGUCAGAGAUUGCGCGACUCUUCGACCCUUUUUGCUGGAUAGCUCCAAUUAUCGUAAGUGCAAAGAUUGUUUUACAGGAUAUUUGGCUCCUCAGCCACGAGUGGGAUGAGCUGCUGCCCAACGACCUCCAGUCACGCUGA